AUGUCGGGGUCGCAGCCUCCCUGGCCUGGUUUCGGCCAGGUUCCGGGUGGGGUCAAUCCGUGGCUCGGAUUCGCGCCGGGACUAAACCCCGCGUCGGCCGGAGACGGGGCGUCGUUGGCGGUCGGGAAUAAUGCCGUGCCCGUACCCGGCGCCGGAGGGCCGCUGUCGGGCGGCGCGUUCGACUUCGCGCUCGAUCGUGCGGCGGCACAGCGUGCUCUCGCCGCAUCCGCAUCCGCGGGCGGCGGCGCGGCGCCAUCGUCCAAGGUUCGAAAGCCCUACACCAUCACCAAGCAGCGCGAGCGGUGGACCGAGGAGGAGCACGAAGGCUUUCUCGAGGCGCUCAAGCUGCACGGCCGGGCGUGGAAGAAGAUAGAGGAGCACAUCGGCACGAAGAGCGCGGUGCAGAUCCGGUCGCACGCGCAGAAGUUCUUCUCGAAGCUGCAACGCGAGGCGCAGAAGUCGGGAACGGUCGACCGCGCGGGGAACGGCGACGGACCGAGCGAGUCGGAAAGCACGGUGACUGUGAUUCCUCCCGCUAGACCUAAGCGGAAACCGGCGCACCCGUAUCCCCGGAAGGCGCCGGAUCCGGGCGUUCAUCCGACUCAUUCCGGCGGCAUCGCGAACGGCGCCGGCGCAUCCAUGAACGCACUCAAGGGUACCUUCGGCGGCGUGGCCAACGGCGGCGAUUCCAACGUCGCCGCGGCCGCCGCCGCGGCGUUCAUGAUGGCCAUGGGCAAUGGAACCGCGGGCUUUGGCGCGGUGGAUCCCGCCGCCGCCGCCGCCGCGUGGCCGACCGCCGCGUCCGGAUUCCCAUCCCCGCUCGGCGCACCGGGAAACCUCGGAAACGCACACGGCGGCGCACACGGCGCGCACGCGGGUAACCCCUACGCCAACGCGCUUCACUCGCAGAUGCUCGCGCUCGCGCAGGUCAAUCCAGCCGCUCUCGCGUUGCUCGGAGCGCGACCGCAGCAAACGCAGCAACAGCAACAGCAGCAGCAGCAGCAGCAGGCGGCCGCGGCGCAGGCGAACGCGGCGAGGGCGCAGCAGCAGUUCAUGGCGGCGCUCGCGAUGAUCGGGGGCGGCGGCGGGGGCGGGGGCGCGCAACAACAGCCGCCGAGGGUACCUCCCGCGGCGGCUCCCGCUGCUCCCGCAGCUCGACAAACCCCCGGCCCCGCGCCCAACAUCUUCUCCGCCAUGCUCAACGCCGUCGCGGCGGGUAACACGGCCGCGGGGGCGCCGAACGCGGCCGCUCCGUCCCUCUCGGACACAGCGGCGUUUGCCAACUGGGCCGCGGCUAUGGGCGCGGCUACCAACGGCAGCGCGGGCGGCUUGGCGGCUGCCAACGGGGCUGCCGAGGGCGAAGCCGGACCGAACACAGCUGUCGCCGGUGGAAACGCCGAUCAGAUGGCGGCCCUCGCGAACGUGAUGAUGUUCUUCCCCGGCAUACCCGGCGGCGCGGGCGCGGGCGCGGGCGCGGGAGCGGGCGCGGCCGUCGCGCCGCCCGCCCCCGCCGCGGCGAAUGGCUCGGGGGGCGGGCAACAGACGCAUUCCGGCACCGGCACCGGCACCAACCAGACAGUGUCGGAGAACACCGGCAGGGACGACGCCACCACGAAGGAGAACCGCGCCGAGCGCAAGAGCGCGCUCGAGAAGCGGAAGCGCGGAGGGAGCGCGAGGGACGCGAGCGACAAGGGUGGCGACACGGCUGUCGGCGACGGCGGAAGGGAGGAGCCGAGGGGCAAGCGCGUCAAUUCGGUCGUCGCCCCGGCGAUCGCUUCGAAAGGCAACACGGCUGUCGACGAGGGACCGCACAAAACCUCCGGCAGCGGGGGCUCGGGUUCCGGCGGGGGUUCCGGCGGGGGUUCCGGCUCGAGCGCGCAGACGGGGCGGCGUGCGGCGCAGCAAGGGUUUGAGUCUUCGUCGCAACGCGAAAACAGCCCAAACUCGGAGAAGGGCCCAAACUCCGAUAAGGGCUCCGAUAAGGGCGACGCCGGCGUCGAGGCGUGA